GGCGGAAUAUCAUGAAAACUCGCCUCGAGAUGUAGACAAUAAAUUUCUAUAUCAAAUCAACCUGCUAAAAAGUUGACAUAUCGGAAUUGCACAAAAUCGGACGUAUCGCGAGUUAUUUUGUGAAAUAAUAAAAUGUACGAGAAAAUAUGGAACAUUUAUUUCUGUAAUUUUAUCAAACGAUGUGACUAGGAAUUGAUGCAGGUUGGAGUUGUGUAACAGAUGACAGGAAAUAAUAGCACUGAGUAGCAUAAAGGAAAAUAAUAUUGGACACAACACAUGACAAAAAUAAGAAUGAAUAAAGAAAUGCCAUUAAAUGUAGAAUGGAUGCCACAAAAUGCAUAUGUGCGCAAUUCUUUGGAUCAUUUGCUGCCAGGUGAACGCAAUCAGCGUAAUUUUGUAUUUGUAAAACAGGAAACGGAAUUCUUCGAAAGUGCAUUAAAUUCACAAUCGGUACAAAACACAGUUGUGCAUUUGCAAGUUUCAUCUAAAGAGAAGGAUAAAGAGAUCAAGCAAGAAAGCAGUCAUUUGGAUGCAUUAUCUUGUCAAGUAGGAUCUCUAAAUCAAUCUCCUCAAAAACUGAAAGAUGGUUCUGAGAGAUUAUAUAAUAGAGGUCGAAUUGAUAUAAUAGAAAUGACAGUAGAACCGACAUUUUGUUAUAAAUAUUUUUUUGUUUAUGAAAAUCAACCAUCCAAGUUUGUUGUAUUAAGAGCUCUCUACAAUAACACGGCCAAAGAAGUUGCAAAGAAUUUGUUAGAUGUAUUAGCGAUUAUAGGGGCACCACGAGUGCUACAAAGUGGUAAUGGACGUAAGUUUGCCGAACAAGUUGUACAUGAGCUACGCUUAUUAUGGAAAGAUUCUCUCAUAAUGCAUGGGGAUGUACCUAAGUGUGAAGUUAGCUGCAGGGAUUUUAAAAGCUUGCUUGAAUCCUGGAUGAGAAAAAAUCCUACUAGGGCCUGGUGCGAAGGACUGAAUUCCAUACAAAUUCUUCACAACUCGACAUACCAUUGUCAGAAUGAUAAAGUUCCAUGCGACAUAUUAUUUGGACGAAAUGUACGCGAAAACUUUCAAAGCCUCUGUAUAGAAAAAGAUACAGAAAGCCUAUGGACAGAGGAAGAAUGGAUCAAACAUUUGUCACAUAAGGAAAAUAGAGAUAUAAUUACAACAAAAGAUACACAGAAGACAUCGGAUAAUAUCAAUCAUUGUGAAGAAAACGACAAUGUACAAGAAAGGUGCAAUCAGAAGGCAUUUUCGAGAAGUGACAAUAUAAAUGGCUUUAGUUUUGUCAAUGUAAAGAAUGAAUCUUCCACGAGCAAUGCACGUGUAACGGAGUCAACGAGUAGAAGUGAAAUAAAUGUAGGAAAAACCGAAUUGAAAAUCGAGAGUACGCAAUUUCUCAAGUGUAAGUAUUGCCAGAAGCAGUACAUGAAGCUGGGACAUUUGAAGAACCACAUGAGAACUCACAAAACACCACGGGUUCUCCGAUGCAAAUUGUGCAGUAAAACAUUCAGCGUCCCAAGAUUAUACGCGAAGCACAUGAAACAGUCUCAUGGGCAAGAUAACUUAGCUGGCGAGGAAGAGGAGAUACCGGUUAGUAGAAAUACUAGAAGCAACGACGCAGCGAAGACUCUAUCUAAUGAAAGAUCUGAGAGUAGAACGGUACACAAUGAAUUAUCCAAUCUCGAGACGACGAACGAAAAUUGCGACGUGUCGCUGGACAAUACAGAAACUUCCAGCAAGACUACUAAGAUUUCGAGUCAUAUCAGCAGACAAAAGUCGUCCACAGAGAGUCGGAGCGUAUCGAAGAUACAGUCCACCUUACAGUGUACAUAUUGCGAGCAAAAGUUUAGCUUCCCCAGCGUGCUGGAGAGGCACAUGCGAUCGCACACAAACGAACGACCUUACGUGUGCGACGUGUGCAACAAAAGCUUCAAGCAGCUGGGUCAUCUCAGUCAGCACUCACUGACGCAUCAGGAUUAUCGUUCGUUCCAGUGCACGGUAUGCGGGGUAAAGUUCGACUCGUUGGACUCGCUGAAGCAGCACGCGCAUUCGCACAAGGGCGACGCGACGACAACCACGACGACGAUGCCCAAGAUCCGCGAUGUCUAUCGGCUGUUCGAGUGUGACAACUGCAAGAAGGUAUUUACCACGAAAAGCGUCUUGGAGCGGCACAUAUUCACGCACACGCAGGAGCGUCAGUACGACUGCAAGGUCUGCGGGAAACGUUUCAAACAGGCCGGCCACGUCAAGUCGCACAUGCUGGUCCAUACUGGCGAACGCCGUUUCCAGUGCACCGUGUGCUCGAAGCGCUUCAGCCUGUCGAACUCGUUGAAGAAGCACAUGUACGUGCACAACGGUGAGAAGCCGUAUCAGUGCGACGUAUGCGGGGCGCGUUUCCUGGAGAAGCGCAAUCUCAAUGGCCACUUGUUGACUCACACCAACGAGCGUCCGUAUUGCUGCAAGAUCUGCGGGAAACGGUACACCCUGGCGGACACUCUGCGCCGUCACGUGAGCGCCGCCCACGAGGACGGUCGUACUUAUCAGUGCGAGAUCUGCGCGAAAAUGUUCAAGCAGCUGGCGCAUCUUUCGGUUCACAAGAAGGUGCACAACGACGAGCGGCCGUUCCAGUGUCACCUUUGCGAGAAGAACUUCAAGCACAAGAAUGUGCUCAAGUCGCACCUGGCGAUCCACGCGAACGUUAGGCCGUUCGAGUGCGACGUGUGCAAGGCCACGUUUGUCAGGAAGACGAAUUUGCAGACGCACAUCUCGUCCGCGCAUAUGAACGAACGUCCGUAUGCCUGUACCAUUUGCGGUAAGCGUUUCAAACAGAUCAGUCAUCUCAACGGCCACGUGGUCGUGCACAGCAACCUGAUGCCCUACAAGUGUGACUACUGCGACCGCCGCUGCAAUCGACUGGACAACCUAAAGAAACAUAUGCGUCUCCAUACAACAAGGAGUCUGAACAAGGAGUGAAAGGAACCUGAAGAACCUGUAUUAGUCGUAGAAUGUGGAAUUAAUUUUAAAAAAUUCCACGAAUGAGAUUAUCAAUGUCGAAUCUUUUUUCUGGCACAAAGUUUAAUCUUUAUCUUCUAGACGAACGUUAUAUUUAUUAUAUAAGUAUUAAUAUUAAUUGAUAUUAUAAAAAAUAU